AGUUCGCGAAAUGGAAUAAAUAUUUGUGUCACUAUGCACCUAAUUGCAAGCACAUUGAUAAUACCACAUAUUGAAAAGAACUUGUAAAAUUGUAAACUUAGUUUUACAGCUCGUUAAUAUUUAUAAUUCAAUUGGUAGAAUUUUAAAACAACGUUUAAAUUCUUGUAUAAACUCUUUUAGAAAUAGCACUGGUUCACAACUGUAAAAACAACCGCGGAAAAUCGUAGUCUCUCACCUGUGGAGAGAACGCCAUAUUGACUUGCCAAAUGUCUAAACAGAGCAAAAAGUAUACUUGGAUGUCUAUGUAGGAUACGUAAUCACGAUUACUCCAUAUAAGUACCAUAAUCGAAAAUAAAGAAAAUGUCAAUUGUAACUUAAUUGUGAGAUUAAUGGUGCUGACGAUAUUGAGUUUUAUGUAAUAAUCUUGAUUAGUGACACGUACCUUAAUAUUAAGAAAAUAAAAAAUUUUCAUUGUUUUAAUCAAAACAUUUGCACCUUAAAUUGUAUUCGUAUAUAGAAGAAUUUCGUGACACCUUUCAAUGGUAAAUGGAACUUUUUCGUUUUCGGUACAGAUUGAUGUUUAAGUUCUACUUGUAAGAGAAUUCAUCAGUUAUUAACAUAUUAUCAAUAUGGCGGUAAAGUGGAAAACGAUGUGCUUUUCAGUGUGUAUUACAAUGUCAUUCCUGUAUAGUGAGAAUUUUUUCUAGAAUUGUAAUUACAGUUGAUCCUAAUAUUAAAGGAUUAACGGAUAUCAAAGAAGCUGAUUUAAAAUGCAAAUCUCAAAUUUGAAAAAAAAUGCCAAGUUUACGAAAAAAAGUUGCUGGCUUUAUGCGGCAAUUGUCAAUCAGCAACUUGGCAGGAGCUGUGGAAAAUAUUGGUCAAGGAGAACAAACUUUACGUAGUCCUAGAUCGUUAACACAAGAUUUUGCAAGUGGUUGCUUUAUUACACGAUACCUAGAUGGUCUAGAGACAAAGCAGGAAGGACCGGAAAUUGUGCAUGGUAGAAAUCCAGAAGAAUUACCAAUUACGCAACUUGGAAACUUUCAAGAAGAUAAAGAAGUAUUUGCUGCCCAUACUGGUCCUGAUAAUGGACUUAUAGCGGUUAACGUACAACAAAAACAUUUAAGUAUUAAUGAUAUUGAUAUAGAUUACAUUGAUAUGUUAGAUCAAGGUGAACAAUAUAGAAACACAUCUGCAACCACAACUCCCAUGAUUGCUGGCAUUUCUGAUUGGUUUAAUCCUCAUGAGACAGCAUAUGGAAUUGCUACUACAUUGUAUGAGAAAAACCCUACAAAUAAUAUAAAUAACGGAGAACCUAUUGCAGACUGUUUUGGAAUUAUAGCAAGAUCAAACUCAGCUAUUUUAGCACUUGCAGAUGGUGUUAAUUGGGGUACUAAAGCAAGUAUUGCUGCCAGAUCUGCUGUACAUGGAAGUAUGGAAUACUUGAAUAAAGCAUUCUUCUGUCCUUCGGUUAAUAAUGAAAUAACAACAACAAAAGACAUUUUUAUAGCCUUACUUCGAUCAUUCCAUGCUGCGCAUUCAUUAAUUCUACAAGAGCAAGGAAUGCUUACAACAUUAACUGUAUGUGCAGUUCUUCCACUGCCAAAUUCUGAAUCUAAUACAGAUCAGAAAAAAUAUGUGGCUUGUACCUGUAAUGUUGGUGACAGUUUAGCUUAUGUAUAUUCAAGGAAAACUGGAGUAAGAGAAAUAACAAGAGGAUCUCAUGAUAUUCAUUGUAUGCGUGACAUGCGAGAUGCUCUUGGAGCGUUAGGUCCUGUAGAUGGAUGCAAUCCAGAAUUAAAUAAUUUAACGCUUGCAAUGACAGAAGUUGAAAACGGAGACAUUGUAUUCUUAACUAGCGACGGAAUUUCAGACAAUUUUGAUCCUGUAGUUGGGAAAUUUGCAAUUUUACCAUGCCAUAAUAAUGUACCUGAUUCAACCAUGAAAACUCAUACCGAGGGAAGAUCGAAAACUCGUCGAAAAUCCGCAGAAAAUUUAAGACACGCUGAAUCCGGCAAUAGUAAUAGAAAUAAAUCUAAUCUGCCAGUAGUUGAGGCUUAUCAAAGACAUGAACUGACUCUUCUUAGAAUGGAAGAUUUGUUACGAAGAGGUGUAUCUGGAGAAGGUCCACCAUGUAACAGUGCCAAACAUCUUUGUGAACUUCUUUUGGACUUCGCUGUACGAAUAACUGCUGCCAAAAGACGAAUAUUGGAAGAUACUGAUUUAUAUUAUGCGCAAAGUAAAGACGGCCAAUUAGUUCAACUUUCCAAACAAGAACAGAGAACUCGGCGAAUAAAAACAUUGGACAAGGUUUCCAUGAUUCCUGGAAAAUUAGAUCAUGCAACAGUUGUAGCAUAUGUAGUUGGAUCAUUUGAUUCAGAAUAUGGUUUAUAAAUAAUUAUGGUAAUAAAGUUGCAGUUUUAUUUGUAAAAAAAAGUAAGAAAUUAAAAUGUUUUUAUAUAAGAUUUUUCUGAAUAUGUUGAGUAAAAGUAUUGUUUUAGGUAUUAUAAAAUUUAAUUGUUUAUAUCAUUAUUUUGUUAUUUAAAAUAAAAAAAUAUAUGUGCUUAUUUUAAAUGCGAUGAGAUUUAUUUAAUUAGGACCGUGCAUUUAAUUUUGAGUGACAGGUAUAUAAUUUAUACAUAUUCAAAACACAUGUGUAUAUGCGUAAAUUGUUAAUACACAUUUAAAUCUACGCGGCAGCAAUAAACACAGACGAAUAGAACUUUGUCAGUUGAAAAAUGUUUUGUCAAUAACGAUUUAUAAAAU